CAAACACAGGUCAAACUGUCUGAAUUUUGUGAAAGAUUGUAGGAGUUUUUGUGCUUCUAUUUAGUUUUGUACUAAAAUAUUAAAUAAAUACAAUGGCUAAGAAGACGUACGAUUUACUUUUCAAACUUCUCUUAAUUGGAGAUUCUGGUGUGGGCAAAACAUGUAUAUUGUUCAGAUUUUCAGAUAAUCAUUUUACAACUACAUUUAUAUCUACAAUCGGUAUAGAUUUUAAAAUAAAAACUGUAGAACUUAGAGGUAAGAAAAUCAAACUUCAAAUAUGGGAUACAGCUGGACAGGAGAGGUUUCACACCAUCACAACAUCUUACUACCGUGGAGCAAUGGGCAUCAUGCUGGUGUAUGAUAUCACAAAUGAGAAAACAUUUGAUGAUAUUGUCAAGUGGUUAAGAAAUAUAGAUGAGCAUGCUAAUGAAGAUGUAGAAAAAAUGAUUCUUGGCAACAAAUGUGACAUGGAAGAAAAAAGAGUUGUCAGUAAAGAACGUGGAGAAGCGAUAGCGCGCGAGCACGGGAUCAGGUUUAUGGAGACAUCUGCCAAGUCCAACAUAAACAUUGAAUGCGCAUUCUCAGAGCUGGCGGAGGCAAUCCUCGACAAGACGGCGGGACGCGAGGCGGACGCCGACCUCGCUCGGAUCGCGGUCGAACGCCGACCCUCGCGCGCACCGCCCGCCCGCGCCUGCUGCUCCUAGGCUACCGGCCCACGACCACCCGCACACUCGGUGCACCAUAUCUUCAUAACCUCGUAUCGGGACCGUACGUCGCAAUCUUUUUUUGCUCUGCGUCGCCGGUGGUCCGUAACAGUAGUUCCCGAAACGAGUUAGCAUUGUUCUCAGUGAUGUGUCAGUAGUUUUACCCCAUUGAUGUCUGUAUAUUUUCGGGCUGUAUGUAUAUGCUUUUCAUAGCUUCCUCUUUGGAAAGCUAAAUCGAGAUAUCUCUUUCUUAUAAUGAAUCAUCUUCGAGACAAAUUCUGUCAAUUAUGCUUUGAUAUUUUGACAAAACAUGUCAGUAUAUUCCAGGGUGUCGAGGAUACCUCUACUGAGAUUCACCGAGGCCUCAUUAUCACAGAAUGUCCUCUUACUAUUCAGAGAUUUCUUUGUGAUUAAUUUAAAUACACUUCCGUACUCUACGCAUGUUUCGAUGGUUAAAACUUUAACAUUUAAUAACUUAAAUAUAAAUCUGUCUUCAUGAUAAACACAAGUUAUCUCAGUUUUAGAUAUAUUAUGUAUCGCAAAGUAACAAAUUGCAGUAUCCUCGGUCUUGGAGAGGUGCUCGACAUCUCGCAGAAGCCACAAACGGAUGCAGUUAAGGCACAUUAGUGUAGCGUAGUGUAAGCGAUGUACUUUAUAAACUUGAAACAAUAUUAUCGCAUGGUGUAUGUGUCGUCGGUUUUACCCGCUUUUUAUUAAACAAUGGCGUUGUAAUUUGUAUAUUACAUUCAUAAUAAACGAUCUACUUUUA